AUGCCAUUUUUUAUACCAUUUUUAAUUGGAGUCGCGGCUACUUAUGCCACGAAAAAGGUCGUUGAUAAAGUUAUUGAUUCUAGCAUCCCCAAAAAUAGCAGCAAUCCGCCUACUAAUACCCAAGUUCAGCAGCAAGAAAUUUUAAAACCUAUCACGGACCGCUUGGAUAAUUUAGAUAAAGAAAUUGCUGAUAAAAUUAAAGAGCAGUUAGGCGACAAGCAAAUGACCCCGCGCGAGAAAAAAGAAAAAUUGGAAGAGAUAAAAAAGAUGAGCAAGGAGGAAAAAGCGGAGUUAUUGCAGCAAUUAAAAAGCGAGAAUUCAGCAGAGCAGGAAGUCAUCAACAAAGCCUUAAAAGAUAAACUAGACAAGCAAGAGAAAAGGAAUAUUCAAUUGGCCGAGGAUUUGAGAAAAGCCAAAGAAAAUAAUGACCCGGCGCAAGUUGCCAAAAUUACCGCAAUGAUGAAAGAUAAUGAUAAAAACCAGCAGGCCACAAGGCUAGCCUUGAAAAAAAGUGAAGAGGAAGCCAAAAAGCAAGCCAAAUUAAUCGAACAAUAUUUUCAAUCAGUCGAGCAAGAUAAACCUUGA